CGCCCAUGAGUGAUAAUACCCAGACGCCUGAGUGCAACAUUCUUUUAGCAACCGGCCGGCACGAGAGUUGAGAAAAAUUUCGUGCAAACUCUCACUUGCCAGAGCUCUCAUCAACCCUCUAUCUUGUUUUUCCAGAGCUUUACGAGGAGGUUGGAGUACCAUCAGAUACACACAAGACUUCUGGAUACAAGACCUAUGAAGAACCCAAGAUGUCGCAGGAAAAUCCUGGUUAUACUGAACUUGAUAAGAACAGACUCCAAGGCAGAAAUGUAGCGGAUGAUAGCACCUAUCAGAAACUACAAAGGCAAGAUUUAGAUUAUGUUAUACCAGCCCAUGAGAGAAGAGAGUCGUACGAAGACAUCAAAAUUGGAAGAAACUUACCAGGCUACGAGGAGUUGGAUCAAAGCAAACGCGAAGCUGACGAUUAUACCCCGCUUACCAAAAGUGGACAAAAACCUGAACUGGCCUAAGGUCGCGCACGUCAAUACAUCUUUCCAGAAAGUAGUUACUUUGGCUAUGGAGCUUUGUUUUCGUGUAUCUUGACAUUAGUUAGCCCACGUCUCAAUCACAGACCUGCUUCACAGACCUUAAUUGUAAUGAGAAAAGAUUAUCAUUUGUAAUGAAAAGAGAUUAUACAAAACUAUAUUUUGCAGGAAACAAAAUCACUUAUGUUCAUGAAUUGAAAUAGCCAGGCGUAUAGGAUUGACUCAGGGCCUCUUUUAAUACCAUAGACCUGCCGGGGGGGGGGGGAUUGUCCUCCCCAGCCCAUAUUUUGUCCCCUCCAGUGAACUAUGUUGUUUCCCCCCCCCCUCCCCCACUCAAUGUCCCUUCUGUCUAAAAUAUAAGCAAGAAAUGGAAGAAUAACUUAGUUAAGAAGAAUAUUCUAGUAUUCCCAUGACCAAAUCUUUGUCCAGCGGAUAAAAUAUGUAAAAAUUUGUGUCUAAAAAUGCCAAAAAUCAAGCCGCGGACACUUAAAAAUACAAAAUUUUUCUGGGCCAGACAAGUUCCCACUUUUCCCGUUCACCACCUCGCGAAGGCAUCGACAUUGGGGGGGUGUCGUCUUGUUUUGAUCAACUUUUCCUAUAGCAUUUUGACUAACUCCUAAAAACAUUUUUCACCCCCCCCCCCGGUAGCGACAUCCCUGCCACCUCUUAGUUGUCCCCUUUCUCUUGAUGGCCCCUCCACUGACAAAUUCUUAAAAGAGGCCCUGUUGAGUGUCUCUUGGCAGGAAGUUUCAAAAUCUACUUCGACACUAAAUUGAAUGCCGCCUAUUGACCACUUCGUGGAUAGUCUGUAGUAAAAGAAGGGCGAAAUUUUAAUAAUUUUAUUGUAAGCUAAUUGAGUGCGAUCGAAGUAGCU